AUGAACUUGAGAAAACUGGCCAUCCUUCUCCUCGUCCUCUUUGUUUGUAUAGAUGGAGGAACUGCCAAAGAACAAGGGACGAAAAAAGGGAAAAAAAAGGGGAAGCAAGUUUACUGUCCUUCACAGCUGUCAUCUGAGGAUCUGGCACGAGUCCCCGCCAACUCCACCAGCAACAUCUUGAACAGGUUACUGAUCAGCUAUGAUCCCCGAAUAAGACCCAACUUCAAAGGAAUCCCUGUGGAGGACCGAGUGAACAUUUUUAUCAACAGUUUUGGAUCGAUCCAGGAGACCACCAUGGAUUAUCGGGUCAACAUCUUCCUGCGGCAGCGCUGGAACGACCCCCGGCUCAGAUUACCGCAGGACUUCAAGUCCGACUCGCUCACUGUCGACCCCAAGAUGUUCAAGUGUCUCUGGAAACCAGACUUGUUCUUCGCCAAUGAGAAGAGCGCCAACUUUCAUGACGUCACCCAAGAGAACAUCCUGCUCUUCAUCUUCCGUAACGGAGAUGUCCUCAUCAGUAUGAGGCUGUCCGUCACCUUAUCCUGUCCCCUGGAUCUGACCCUCUUCCCCAUGGACACGCAGAGAUGCAAGAUGCAACUGGAAAGCUUUGGCUACACUACAGAUGACCUGCAGUUCAUGUGGCAGACCGGAGACCCGGUGCAGAUGGAUGCCAUUGCUCUGCCGCAGUUUGACAUCAAACAAGAGGAUAUCGAUUACGGAAACUGUACCAAGUUUUAUGCAGGAACAGGUUACUACACCUGUGUGGAGGUGAUCUUCACCCUGAGGCGGCAGGUUGGUUUCUACAUGAUGGGAGUUUACGCGCCCACGCUGCUCAUUGUGGUCCUCUCCUGGCUGUCAUUCUGGAUCAACCCAGAUGCCAGCGCCGCCCGUGUCCCGCUGGGCAUCUUGUCAGUCCUCUCCCUGUCCUCGGAGUGCACCUCCCUGGCCUCCGAGCUGCCAAAGGUCUCCUACGUGAAGGCCAUCGACAUCUGGCUCAUCGCCUGCCUGCUGUUCGGCUUUGCCUCCCUGGUGGAGUACGCCGUGGUGCAGGUCAUGCUCAACAGCCCCAAACGCAUCGAGGCUGAGAAAGCCAAGAUGGCGUCCAAGGAGAGGGCGGAGGGCAAGACCCCCGCCGCCAAGAACACGGUCAACGGGACGGGAGGGACGCCGCUGCAUGUCAGCACCCUGCACGUGGCGGAGACCCGCUGUAAGAAGGUGUGCACCUCCAAAUCCGACCUGCGAACCAACGACUUCAGCAUCGUGGGGUCCCUGCCGAGGGACUUUGAGCUGUCUAACUUUGACUGCUACGGGAAGCCCAUCGACACCGGCACAGGCCACGGAAAAUCACAGGCCAAGAACAACAAGAAACCACCACCGCCCAAACCCGUCAUCCCCUCCGCCGCCAAGAGGAUCGACCUGUAUUCCCGAGCACUCUUCCCUUUCUCCUUCCUCUUCUUCAACGUGAUUUACUGGUCUGUGUAUCUGUGA